AUGAGCUACUCAAAGAUUGAUGAGCAAGCGGAGACAGAGCUAGCUUUGCUUUCUAAUGAGGAAUCCAGCUCAAUAUCGUCUUUAGACGAUCUUGAAGCGAAUCGCAAAGAUAAAGAAUCAUCGCUUGCCACUACGGAACCCGAGUAUCAAACACCGACUUCUGUGAAGUUCAUAUGGCUCGGCUCAUACUUCUUCUUCAGCAUGAUGCUGACACUUUAUAACAAGUUAAUUUUGGGAUCGUUCAAAUUCCCUUGGUUAUUGACAUGUAUGCACACUACAUUCGCUUCAUUAGGAACCCUUGUACUCCUCAAGCUUGGGCGCUUCAAACUAUCAAGAUUAGGACGAAAAGAGCAUCUAAUUUUGGUCGCAUUCUCUGUACUUUUCACGGCCAACAUUGCUAUGUCAAACUUUUCAUUAUCCCUCGUCAGUUUGGCAUUCUUCCAAAUCAUCCGAAACACUGUUCCAAUAUUCACCGUUUUGAUAUACCGAGUUUGGUUUGGGCGCUCCUACUACAUGGCAACAUAUAUUUCGCUGUGUCCUAUAAUCAUCGGAGCUGGAAUGACAGUUGUUGGAGAAUAUCAUUAUUCUGUGCUCGGGCUAUUCAUCACUGUGUUUGGAGUCGUCCUAGCGGCAGUCAAGACUGUGACAACCAACCGACUAAUGACCGGGUCUUUGGCGCUUCCUUCUAUGGAGCUUUUGUUUCGAAUGUCUCCUCUGGCUGCCGUCCAGUCCUUCGUCUUUGCAGUCAUUGCGGGAGAGCUCCCAGCGUUCUCAGAAGCUAUGUCGCAACGUGCAGCUGAGUCUUCUAACCUUGCGACUAUGGCCACCAUCGCUUUUCUGCUUGGAAAUGGCCUGUUGGCAUUCUUUUUGAAUGUUUCCUCCUUCCAGACGAAUAAGCUUGCUGGAGCACUAACGAUGUCAGUGUGUGGAAACCUGAAGCAGGCUCUCACAUUGGCUAUCGGUAUCUUCAUUUUCAAGGAUUUCACGGUCGAUCUCUUGAACGGAACUGGAAUUCUACUUGUGCUGGCCGGCUGUGCAUUCUUCAGCAAGGCAGAGCUGGAUUCCAAAAAGAAAACUGCAACUACCUCAUAA